UUCCUUUGAAAAGGAAAGUAGAACACAUGGAUAAAGUGAAAGUUGAUUUUUUUUUUAAGUAGACAGUAAAUAUAACUUGAUACUUUGGAUAAUAUAAUGGCACAUGGACCAGAUCCAGUCUACAUAUUACGGGGAUGUGAGAGUGCUGUGACAUGUUUGAAAUAUUGGUCUAACAAUGUUCUAUACUCUGGUGAUCAGAGUGGGAAUAUUUACAUCUGGGACAUGGAAACAAAACGUCCAGUAAAUAAGACAAUUGGUCAUUUUGGACAUUCUGUUUUAUGGAUAGAGUUUAUAAAUGAUUGUUUAAUGGUUACACAGGGUAGAGAUGGCAAUGUACAGUUCUGGAAUAAAACCGAUGAUGCAUGGACAAAAUCAGAUGUAAUAAAAUCCACUAGUUUUGGAUACUGUGCCUGUUCCAUAGUAGACAAUAAAAUUGCUAUACCAACUGAUAGCACCUCUACAAUACAGUUAUAUGACAUGGGUACAAUGCAAUGUAUAGGAGAACUGAAACCAGAUGUUUCAGAGCAAAAAUAUGGAAUGUGUAUGACCGUAAAAUCUGUUGAAAGCAAAAUUUUAAUUGGAUAUGAAAAUGGGUGCAUUGCAUCAUGGGAUGCCAAGACUUUGAAGAUGGCUGAUAAGGCACAAAUACACAAAGAAUCUGUCAUGUGCCUUGAUUACUCAUCACAAUCAAACUUUGGAAUAUCAGGAUCACCUGAUGAAAGCCUGAAAUCAUGGUCAAUUAGUGAGAAUAGCACUAUAAUAAAAAGGAAAGAAAUUACAGCCAAAAAUCCAGGAUUUACUAGUAUUUCAAUAAGACAUGACCAAAAGAUAUUUGCCUCAGGUGGAUGGGAUUCUAAUGUCAGAAUAUAUUCUGUGAAAAAGUUAAAACCUUUAGCCGUCCUUUCAUACCAUAAAGAAAGUGUUCAGUGUGUGACUUUUUCAUCUGAUAAUAUAUUGGCAUGUGGAUCCAAGGAUCAUCAUAUUAGUUUAUGGGACAUUUAUAGAUAGUUUUGUCCUUAUUAACCAGAUGUAUAAUCUAUCAAGCUAAUAAAAAUAAAAAAAAUGACUAUUUGAAAUAACACAAGAAAUUUACCAGUGGAUAUAAGGGAGCAACCAUUUAACUUCAAGGGGGGGAUUAUGGUUUUUUGUCUGAGUCAGAAUUUUUUUUUUUAGUUUUUCCACAC